AUGUCAAAGUAUUUUAACCCUUGGUCACAAAAGAAAGGUCGAGAACCUGCAGAGGUUUGCAAUGAAGUCAUCAAAAAGGAUAACGACGAAUCUGGCACGAAAGCAAAGGAUUCCACGAGUGUGGAAGAACGCAAAACCGUUAGAUCCAAAAUUCCUUUGUCCUUUCAUCCAAUUCGAGCAAAAUCAAAUAGGGCAAUGAAAUCUAAACAAUAUUCUGAAGCGAUUGCUUUGUUGGAUCAGCUGAUCAACAUGUACCCUGACAAUUAUUAUAUCCUUUAUGAUCGAGCAUCGGUAUAUUCAAACAUGGGCGAAAAUAAUUUGGCACUAAAGGAAGUGGACAAAGCAAUAAAAUCAGACCCUACCAAAGUGGACGCGAUCUACUUUUGUGGAGAAAUUCAUCUUACUCUGGGAAAUUUGGAGGCAGCAAGGAAGAUGUUCACUCAAGGUCUUACAAAGGAUCCCGACAAUCCACGUGCUGCCAACGCAUUGAGGUCUCGAGCGAUCCUUAAUAAAAAUGUGGGCAAAAUUAAAAACGCGGCUUCCGAUCUGGACAAGUUGAUCCUGAAGACCGAUUAUUCCGAUAGGGAUGCCAUACUUCAGCGUGGCAGAAUUUAUUUAGAUAUGAAGGAAUACGGGGAGGGGCUGGGAUUUUUGAGGAAGGUUGUAAGGAAUGAAGAUGUUUGCGAAUUACUUAUUUUAUGUGGUACAUUCUCGCAAAAGUUGAAAUAUUUUGAACUGGCUUCAUAUUAUUUCAAUACAGCAUGUAAUCAAAAUCCAAACAACUCAUUAGCCUUUGCGAAAUAUGCAAAAAUUAAUUUUGUCACAAAGGAUUUCUCUUCAUCAUUAAAGAACUUUGAGAUAGCUUUGAGCCUAGGCCACAAAAUCGACGCGUCAUUUCUUAGAAAACGCGGACAGGUUUAUUACGAACUUAAACAAUACAAUAAGGCACUUCUGGACAUCAAUGAGGCGCUGAAGUUACACGAGAAGUCAACCACAUACGUCAUUCGCGCGAAAAUAUUUAAAAUGUUCAAAUGCAUUGAAAAAGCUUUAUCAGAUCUAGACAAAUCCUUGGAACUGGAUCCUGGUAACGAAAAGGCAAGGUCUUUGAAAAUGCAAUACACCGAAUUCGCAAAUAGACACAACAACCAAUUGGAUAUAUUAAACUCUCAAAUUGCGAAAACUCUAGACGCGAAAUUUCUUGUUAAGCGAGCCCAUCUUUAUCGCCUCAUGAAACGCUACGACGAGGCGUUAAAAGACCUUAAUGAUGCCACAACCAUUUUACCCGACGAUGUUGACGCCCAUAUCGAAUACGGAGAAAUUUACAGAAACCAAUCAAAUUACGACAACGCCUUAUAUCAUUUAUCAAAGGCAUUAUUAAAAGAUCCCCAAAGUGAUUAUAUACAACGGUUACUGGGCAGAAUUUAUUACUUGAAAAAUGACCCUUUCGCAGCCAAGUAUCGUUUAAAAUUAUCUCUAACAAGGAAUAAAUUUUCGUCGGCUUACAGAUAUCUUGGAAAAUCCGAAAUGUUACUCGGACAUGUUGAAGAAGCAAUAGAAAAUUUUAACAAAGCACUGCAACUACAGCCGGUUGAUCCGGACGUUCUAUUAGAUCGUGCAGAAGCUUUCGCUCAACUUAAAAAGUACGAGGAAUCACUUGAAGACUUGGAUCAGGCAAUUGAACUUUCAUACGAGAAUGAGAGAAUAUACGAGUUAAAGGGGCUUAUUAAUGCCAGACUUGGAAAAUACCAAGAAGCACUCGAGUAUCUAAAUACAUUUACUGAAAUACAUUCGAAAGAUAAUUUAUCACCAAAUAUUAAUGCACUCUUGGUUCGUGCAAAAAUCCUUUUCAAAUUUAGUCUGUAUUUUAAUUCGCUGUCGGAUUACAACAAAAUUCUGGAAAUUGAACCAACUCAUGUUGAAGCAUUGUUUAACCGAGGAAAGAUUCAUUUAGAGAUUGGUGAAUAUGAGAAGUCUCUAAGUGAUUUUAGCAAUUUACUAGAUCCACAGGUUAAACCUUAUGGAUUAAGAAAUGUACUGUCUACAGAAGAACAGGAUGUUCUGAGGAAAUUAUUAUGUUUGAGAGCAGAAUCAUAUUAUCAUUUAAAUAGAUAUGAAGAUGCCUUGGAUAGCCUUGGCAGAGUUUCCCAUGAAUAUAAAAAUGCAUUGGUCGUUCUCAAUAAAAUACGAUAUCCAAAUUUCGGAAGCGAUGACCUGGAGAGGGAUGAUGAAUACCGAAAUUUAAAACGUAGAGUUUUUAGCCUUCGAGGUAUGACCCACAGUGAUCUGGGGGAGUAUGAGAAGGCACUGGCAGACUUUGAUGCGGCAUUAGAAGAUGGUGACUGUGGCAGUCGAAGUUGGGUGAUUUAUUGUGAACGGAGUAGGACCUUACUCCGUGAAGGGAAUAAAGAAAAGGCUUGGGAGGAUUUGAAAAAGGUGUUGACUGCUGAUUUAUAG